AUGUACCUUCGUCACUGCUCGGGUCCCAAAACCAGAUGGGAUCUGGGCAGCGUCACGCAGCUCCCCUCCGAGCCCUUGCGUGACUACAUCAAAAGGUACUUUGCUAACCGUAAAAUGAUUACGGAGGUUGAUGACAGGGAUGUGAUCUACCACUUCCACCAAGGCCUCCAUAGUAUUGAACUAUGGAGGAAGAUGUUCGAGAACAAUCCCAAGACCGUCUCCGACAUGAUGGCCGUCGUCAACAAAUACGCCGACAUGGAGGACGCCGAGCGCACACACCAUCGCCACAAGGACCGCCACGAUCCCGUUGACCGUCCUCGCCAAAGGGACGACGACUCGGCACGUCCAGGCAGCGAUCGUCCUCCACGACGCAGCAAGAACCACGACCGCCCCGGGUCGUCGAAGGCUCACGAGCGCAAGCGCGGCCCCGACAACACCAUCGCCGUCGCCAAUCGGCCCCAGCAGCGCAGCUCCCUUGAACAGGAGGAGCUCGACAGGCUCCUUGACGCCAAAUGUCCCUGGCACAAGAAUGCCAACCACACGGCGCGUGAGUGCCACGCCCUCUCCAACAGCGUCGCCCCAGAAGAGCCUAAGCGACCUAGGCUCAAUGACCGUGAAAGGCCGGGUAGCUCCAGAAGCUCCCGUGGCCGCGGCCACAGGAACCGCAUGCCCAGGCGAGACGAGGACAAUCAACAAGGCAAUAGAUCACCCGGCACCUUCCAGGAGGAGCAGGUCGAGCCCCUCCUCUGGUCGGAGAUCCCGAUCACCUUUGACCGACCCGACAAGUGGGUACACCUGCCCAGGCCGGGUCCUUACCCACUCGUGGUCAACCCAGUGAUCUGCCAGAUCCGUCUGGCCAGGGUGCUCAUCGACGGGGGUAGCGCCCUCGACAUCAUCUUCAUCAAGACACUAGAGGACAUGGGCUUCGACAUGACCAAGCUGGUCCCAUCGGACCAGGCCUUCUACGGCAUCAUCCUGGGUGCCGGCUUGACUCUGGUCGGCAAGGUCACCCUCCCGGUCACCUUCGGCAUUCGGGACAACUACCACACGUAG